AUGCCCACAUCACCAACGCGUGUUGACGCGCACGCGGUCGCAUCGUCCUCAACCCUCGACCCCAAUCUUCUAGCACCUCGAGAUGCUCUCUACGGAACCGCAGUUAGCGCCGCCUGGAGCGCGAGAAAGCGGAGGGAGAGAGCGCGCAGUUCAGACCGAAGGCGGGAAGGACAGUUCAAGAAGCUGCUAUGGUUCAAGCAGCCUUUCCCCGACAAUUACACGGACGAGCGGACGUUCCUCGACCACCUCCAGCGCAACCCACGCCUUCAGCCCUACGAGUUCUGGUCGCUCAUGACUGACGCGACUGUCAUUGUGCAGCAUGUCGCUUCUGUCGCUAUAUUCUGCUGCUGCUUCGUCGCAAUUUACAUGGAGCGCGUGUCGCCCAUAUCGGUCGUGAGCUGGGCGAGCUUGGGCACAUUCUUGGCUUGGGUGCUAUGGGACUACUGGAUGGUGCAGGAAGAGGCAAGGACUACGACCAAUCCCACCAGUGUAUCGCAUGAGAAGCCGCAGCAACCACACGACGACGUUACGGCAUCGGGCGAAGCAGAGCAAGCAGAGGAUCCUUCUGAUGGGAAAGAGCAACCGACGGCAGGGCACUCACCCUACCCUCCGAACGUGGAUCCAGUCUCGUCAUUGUCUCCCCGCAAUCAGCAACGGUUAGCGACAGCGAGAUCGGCCCUACUCAUAUACGCUGCCUUGCUGGGAUUGAGUCCGAUCCUCAAGUCACUCACCAAGUCAACAACAAGCGACUCAAUCUGGGCGCUGAGUACGUGGCUGCUGUUCAUGAAUGUGGCAUUUUUCGACUAUGGAAGUGGAAGUGGUGCUCAUCUACCAGCCUCCAUCUCGACCAACUCGGCGCUUAUGGCCUCCACAGUGCUUGCCUCCCGACUACCGUCCACGACGCACGUCUUCUCGUUGACGCUGUUUUCCAUCGAAGUGUUCGGUCUCUUCCCACUAUUCCGCCGCCAGCUUCGUGCGAAAUCGCGCAACGGCAGCAUCGCCCUGACUGUGGCGCUGGUCACCACAGCUGGUGGCGCUGUAUUCGCGACGCUGACGGGUGGAGGCCGUGGUGCUUGGAUUGCAGGUGUGAUACUGGGCAGCAUAGUGACCUUCCUCGCUAUGGGCAUUUGCAGCUGGUGGCUUAUUGGGCUGCAAAAGUACAAGAACGAAAUAUACGGUCCUUGGGAUCCGGCUCGACCCAUCAUUCGGCGGCGCUGGGAUUGA